AUGUCCAUUCAAGAUCCAUCACUUAAAAUACCAUGGCAAUAUCUUAAAUCGAACAAGUCUGCUAGUUCUCCAACAAUAACAAAUAAAUUUAAUACAGAUACAACAGAAAAUUCAAAUGUAAAUAACAAAAGAGACCAAUCCCCAAAGGAAUGCGUAAAAAGCAAUAGAAAGCAUAAAUCAAAUCAUAAAAAACAUCAAACAAAGAAAAAAUCACUCGACCAAAAAUUAAAAAUUUGCCAAAAAGAUGAACCUUCAAAAGGAUUACAGGAAGCUCCACUAGUACUUAAUAUAGAGAAUAAUUCACAACUUGAAAGGAAAAAUAAGCACUCUGCAAGAAAUUCUCAUUCAAAACACUCAAAAAAUCGUUCUAACCAACCAAAGAGUCCUGAAACUAAUAAAGAAUCACGAAAAUCACCAUCCCCUUCGCGCACGUCCCCAAGUAAUCCACCAGAAAUUGCUCCAAAAGCUGAAAUUAUUCCUAAAACUCCAAUUACUCCUAGAAAGCGAACUAUUAAGUCAUCAACGCCUAAACCAAACAAAAGAGAACUUCCUUUACUAUUACUACAACCAGAUAUGUCAAAUUACAACGUAGAAUUGGUUCAUUCUAAAGAAAACGCAGAUAAUCCAAACAAAUCAUUACUUUUAGGACCAACAAAUCUGGACCUCAACAAAAGACCAUCAACACCAAGAAAAACCGAUAAAAAACUACUUAUUCCGAAAACACCAACCCCACAAAUCAAACCGCGUACGAUCGAGGAACUCCUAAAACCACGUACUCAAGAUCCCUCGGACCAACAAAAUCCAGAAGCAAAGGACAAGAAAGAAAUAAGUUUUCAAGUACAAUUAAUCACAGAACCAGAUGAUAGCAAGAUUGAGAAAAAGUCGUCUGAACUAUAUGAUAUCAGAUCGUUACUCAAAUUAUUAUCUAGAUAA